AACCUUUGACUUCAUGCCAUCAGAAAAUCAAGAAAUAAAUUUAAUGGAGGAUCAGAAGAAAUUCAUCCUCAACAUUCUAUCCUUGAGUCAAGGUAUGUCCGAGGAGGAAUUUAGUUCAUCCUUGCACCAAUCUUAUGGGGGGUUUAAUCUGAAUGAAGAGAUAGAUAUUAAUGGUGUGAAGGUAGACAAGCAAAUAUUUAACUUUAAGGCAUUGAUAAUAGAUGAUUCUGUGCAGAAGAUGCUAUCAACAAUUACAAAAAUGACAGAUAUUCGAAACAGUAAUAUUACAUUCCAUUCCAAGAUUAAUAAUAAAAGGGAUACUAUACUUGAUACACCUGUUAUAUAUCUAGUUGAGCCCACUGACGAAAAUAUUGAGUUGAUAAUACAAGAUGCAGAAAGAAGUCUGUACGAUUUUAUAUUCUUCUACUUCACUAAGCCUGUGCCAGGUUCUGUAUUGGAGAACCUUGCUUGAAAGCUCGCCAAGCUUGAUGCUGCUGAUAAAAUAAUGAAGGUGCAAGAUAAUUAUCUCUCGUUCUUUUGCCAUACUCAAAAUUGCUUCACAAUUUAUCCAGAGAAGUCCCAACUUCAGGGCAUCCUUAAAUCUGAAGAAAAGGCAGCCAUUGAUCUUGAGGUUGAAAAUAUCGUCCAUGGCAUUUUUGGAGUCUUCGAAUGAACAAAUCUCUACCCAGUAAUAAGGUUCAGAAAGGGCGAUAUCUCUGAGACUAUUGCUUAUGAGCUGAAUGCUCUUUUUCAGGAAAAAGCUGAGAAAGAUGAGCCAUAUGAGUUCAAGAGGCAACCACGACAGAAAAAGAGAUGUGUCCUCCUCAUCUUCAAUAGAGAUAUUGACUGGGCUAUUAUGUACAGGCAUUCUUGGAGCUACCUUCCACUGGUCCAUGAUAUUAUCGGAAUUAACUCAAAUCAGAUUCAGAUCCAGGAGGAAGGAACUGACAAAACUUUUGACCUUGAUUUCCUAAAUGAUCCUAUCCUCAAAGAAUAUGCUCUCAAGGAUAUUCCAGAAUUAGGAGAGAACAUUGACAAGAAACUCCAACAAUGGAAGGUAAAGUAUGAUGAGAUGAACAACAAGUCAAAGACUAAGGAAGUCUCAGAGAUGUUCUCUAACCUUAACUCCGUCAUUGACUCUUUGCCCAAGAUGAAGCAGGAGAAGAACAAAAUUGAGGCUCAUUCCAGCAUCUGUACUAUUCUUUUCGAUGCUGUGAAACAGAGAGAUAUCGACUCAUACGAUGCUCUCGAAGAUGAGAUGAUCACGAAGAGUCAUAUGUCAUCGAAGGCGAAGAAAGAGCUGGAAGAAAUGCUGUUCAACAUAAAUACUUCCAUUAAAUCUGGACUUGAUAGACUCAGAAUUUUGUGCAUUUAUAUUAUCACUAGGAAUCCAGAAAAAUCUGAAGUGAAGACCAAAAUCCAGAAGUUGAGGGAUCUUUGUCCUGAGACUAACUUCGAUAUGGCUCUUAAAAUCUGGAAGAAGCAGAACCCGGAUCAGGACAUCGGACUUGAUGAUGCUGAAGGCAAGGAAAUUGAGGAAGAACAAUCAAUAUUUAGCGGAUUUGGCCUCAGCCUGAAGGAUAAAGGUAAACGGUUACUUGGUAAUGUUCGGAAUCUUGUUGAAAAUCAAAACUCAGAUUCUAUGAUUGCCAAUCUCAUUGGCCAAUAUUAUGAUGAUAGAGGAGAAGGAAAAGCAUAUGAAAAGGAUUACUACAUUGAUACUUUGAUGAACAGAGAAUUGGAUGGGUCUAGAGCAAACCAGCUAAUCUUUGCAUCCCAGAACUGUGCAAAUCUCAUGGCAUAUGUUACUGGAGGAGGUAGCUACUACGAGUACCAAAGAGUCCAUGAGCUCCAAAACAAGAUCAACAAAAAUGUCAUCUAUGGGUGAGAUUAUAUUUACUCACCAGAGGAAUUCUGAUCCAAGAGUAAUUAAGCAGAUAAGGAAUAGAUUUGAUUCAACUUUUAU